AUGGACGAUAGCGAGGGUCAGAAUGCGGGAUUCGCAACGGCCGACAGAUUAUCCAAUCGAACACGCCCCGCCAGCGGAAGCAGCACCCACAAACGCAGCCUCUCAGGCUCUCUAUUGUCAAAGCUCUCUUUUCUACGAAUGAACCAGGCGACGGGUUCAGGAUCAGGAGCCCACAUCAUGGACCAUGACGGCGAUAACGAGGACCUACCGUCCAUGCCCCAGAUCAACAGCGAAGCGUCGGAGCGCGGGAAGGCGAUGGCGGCGGUUAUUCAACAACAACGAAAGACAAGGCGACGACGAGGAUCAUUAAGGAAGACUGCAUUGCUUGGUACAAGGCUUGAGUCACGCGAUAAAAGGGCUUUCAGCAAGAGUGCUGAGGCUAUUCGUGCAGAGGCCCCUCGGUUCCAGGCUGAGGAUGACGCGCCGAGACCGCGCUCCCCGAAGGAUAAGGCCUCUUCGCCGCCUAUGGAAAACAACAAUUUUGCCUCGCCGAUGGGAGGUUUCAAUGAUGCUGUUAGAGAUCCUGCUCAGCCGAGUUGGUUCCGUCCUAUUUCUGCGCUGAAGAAUCCCCGCCCGACUGUUGUGCGGAGGCGCCAGGGUCUCCCGCAACAUACCUCCAAUACCAAUACCAAUAACAACAACCACCUAGGCGAAGAGACCGCCACCGACGACGAAGAGCUUGUCUCAUUUCCACGGAUCAAUACCAAUAACGCCUCAACUGCAUCCGGUGCUCCCAAUUCCUCCGCUAAAACCACAUCUCUCCACGCCCUCCCCUCCAGCUCCGACUCCUACUACCCGCUCCAACCAGAUGCAGCAUACCGCACCGUCCGCGCCAAAUCUUCCCCACUAGCGACGCACCCUGUCGAGAUAAAAAGCAGUGCAGACAUCACUUGGGAUUACUCCGAGACUGAAUCUUGGGGCUGGAUCAUCCUCUUGGUGACAUGGCUCGUCUUCGUCGUGGGCAUUGGCAGCUGCUUUGAGGUUUGGAGCUGGGCGUGGGAUGUUGGAGAGACACCCUAUGCGCCUCCAGAAUUGGAGGAUGAUCCAACGCUUCCAAUUGUGGGGUAUUACCCUGCUUUGAUUAUACUUACGGCUGUCAUGUCGUGGGUUUGGGUUGUUGUUGCUUGGGUCGGGAUGAAGUAUUUCAAGCAUGCAAAUAUAUCGGGGGAUGAUAGUUGA